UUACUUUACAACACCAACCAGUUGUUGAUAACGAAACAUGAUGACGUGUGCUUUGCCGUAAGUGAAAGUAAAUUAUUAGUGGUAGGAGUAAUACGUGUAGGCCUUCAAUAUCGGCUGUGUAUUCAUACAUCUGCAGUCUCGCGCGUGCCGUGGUUUAGUUCGCUCGAAUUUUUUGUUACGCUCUGCUUCGUUUACGAUGUGUGGAAUUUUGCGUACAUUAAUCACCUGACACCUAAGACCCGGCGCGAAAUAUUAGAAUUGCUUGUAAAUGGAUUAAAACGGUUGGAAUACCGUGGCUACGACUCAGCGGGCGUCGCCGUUGAUGCCGCAGACCAAAAGGACAUAGCUGUUGUGAAGCGAAGCGGUAAAGUAGCCGCACUCGAAGAGUUGCUACAGGAGCGCAGCGUCGAGUUGUCUGUAGAUGAGUGUGUGGAGUCACAUUGUGGAAUCGCCCACACCCGCUGGGCGACUCAUGGUGAACCAAGUGCUGUCAAUUCGCAUCCGCAACGUUCCGGCGAAGACAAUUCGUUUGUUGUCAUCCAUAAUGGAAUCAUUACAAACUACAAGGAAGUCAAAACUUUCCUAGAGAACAAGGGAUACUUUUUUGAAUCUCAGACUGACACUGAAGUUAUUGCUAAGCUGAUUCAUCAUAUUUAUCACCAGCAUAAGGAUUACAGUUUCCAGGAACUAGUGGAACAGGUAAUCCAACAACUAGAAGGAGCUUUUGCUUUGUGCUUCAAGUCACGUUAUUUCCCAAAUGAGUGUGUUGCAAGUCGCCGUGGUAGCCCUCUUUUGGUGGGCAUUAAGACUCGCAGGCGUCUGUCCAGCGACCAUGUUCCCAUCAUGUACACUAACAACAAGGCUACCAGGGGAGUGGUGCCACCUGUGCCCCGGGUGAAUAGCCAUGCUCACUUCGAACCUGAAGAAGAAAGAGAUGUGGAAUAUUUCUUUGCAUCUGAUGCUUCAGCUGUUAUUGAGCAUACCAAUAGAGUACUGUACUUUGAAGAUGAUGAUGUUGCUCACAUCAAGGAUGGUGUUCUCAGUAUUCACCGCAUGUCCAGCAGCAGCAAUGAUCCCCAUCAACGUGAAAUUUUGACCUUGAAGUUGGAGAUUCAACAAAUAAUGAAAGGCAACUAUGACUAUUUCAUGCAAAAGGAAAUCUUUGAACAACCUGAAUCUAUUGUCAACACUAUGAGAGGACGUCUCAACUUUGCCAAUGGUACUGUCACUUUGGGUGGCAUCAAAGACUACAUCCCUGAGAUUAAGCGUUGUCGAAGAUUAAUGCUUAUUGGGUGUGGAACAAGCUACCACAGCGCAGUAGCUACCAGACAGCUACUUGAGGAAUUGACUGAGCUCCCGGUCAUGGUUGAAUUGGCUUCAGACUUCUUAGACAGAAAUACACCUGUAUUCCGUGAUGAUGUUUGUUUCUUCAUCUCUCAAUCAGGAGAAACUGCAGACACGUUAAUGGCUUUACGGUACUGCAAGCGUCAUGGUGCCCUUAUUGUGGGUAUUACUAACACUGUAGGAAGCUCUAUCUGCCGAGAGUCACACUGUGGUGUCCAUAUUAAUGCAGGUCCUGAGAUUGGUGUUGCCUCAACUAAGGCCUACACGUCACAGUUUGUUUCUCUGGUCAUGUUUGCCCUAGUGAUUAGUGAAGACCGUAUUUCUCUACAAAAACGUCGCGCCGACAUUAUUGAGGGUCUACACGAGUUAGACACUAAGAUUCGUCAAGUACUUGCCUUGGACAAAGAAGUAAAAAUUUUAGCAGAAGAUCUUUACCGUCAGAGAUCUCUACUUAUCAUGGGUCGUGGAUACAACUUUGCGACUUGUCUGGAAGGAGCUCUCAAGGUGAAGGAGUUAACCUACAUGCACAGCGAAGGUAUAAUGGCCGGAGAAUUGAAACACGGACCCCUGGCUCUCAUUGAUGACUCCAUGCCAGUUAUGAUGAUUGUUAUGCGUGAUCCAGUUUACACUAAAUGCAUGAACGCACUGCAACAAGUAACGGCACGUCAAGGUCGUCCGAUCGUCAUAUGCGAAGAAGGUGACACUGAAACAAUUGCGCUCGCUUCUCAAAGUCUUCAAAUACCUAAGACGGUCGAUUGCCUACAAGGAGUGCUAACGGUUAUUCCUAUGCAGCUUCUCGCUUAUCACAUCGCUGUACUUCGUGGUUGCAACGUUGACUGUCCACGUAAUCUCGCAAAAUCGGUCACUGUAGAAUAAAAAUUGCCUACUAACAUAGUUUAAAUAUCAUCUAUUGACUAUCUCGCGCAGCUGUCUGUAAAGCACAUUUAAAUUUUUUGUAGGUGUUAGAGAUGCAUGUUCUAUUUGACUUUUGUAUCUGUUUGUACAGUAUGUUUGUACUCUAGGCGUUUAUAAGAUCAAAAGGACCAAAAGGUUACGAUGUACCUACGUUUUGUUGAUAGUUGUCAUUGGUGGGAGGUGGCAUAUUGUUACGUACGUAUGUGCCGCACGUCUCCGACUCACGUAUCUGCACUUUCACGUCUCAAUUAAAAACUUGAACGGUACUUAGAAGUAAUUGAGUAAUCGUUAGUUUAACGUAAUUAAUUAGAUUUACGUAAUUUUGAAUUUAUUUUAUUUUCUAUCCUAUAAAGUUAUGAACAUUCCUAAAAAGUCACAAUAUACUUAUACAUACAUUGCAUUCCAUUGUAUCAGUAAUCUGAUAUUACGUAUUACGUACUACUUAUAUGGUUUUUAAGAAUCAUGUUAUGCUGCAACGUCAAGGUCAUGCCUUUCGCUUUCGCGUUCUAUAAAGGCUCUUAAAAGAAACUUGCGUUUAGUUCAAAGCUACCGAAUGACAAAUAAAAUAUUGGGUCAAAACAAGAGAACCGAUGAGUGUUUAAACAUUGUUUUUCUUUAUAUUAUCGCGAAAAUCAACUGUAGACUAAUAAUGUAUACUAUAUUGUACAAUGUUUGUGUUGUUCGCUAAAAGCUUUCGCUUGGCUUAUGAACCGAGACGGACAAUGACCGAACUCGUAAGAAUAUUAUAUUGUUUUUAAAGAGGAACAUUUUUUGUAAAUCGUUUCGAAGAAAUGUUUAUCGAAGUCCGAUGGCGGGCGCUUGAUACAACAUGGAUAGGGUACACGAUGCUUGCAAUGCGAUAUGUUUAUCAUAGGGGUGUACCCUGUUAUCAAUGUUUUAAUCGUAAUUUAAAAAAUAUAUUUCUUCAAGUACGCCGACAUAAUGAUUAGUUUAUAGGAUAUGGUUUAUCAAUAUCAGAUUAUUCGUGUUUCAUUAAAUCUGUUUUCUUAGAAAUCUCUAUAUUGUUAUUGUAUAAUUAAUAUAUUAAUGUAAUAUAAAUAUCGUACCUAUUAGUAGUAAAACAUCACAUUGUUAAGUAUGUGUAAUAUUUUUAUAGGAACUGUACAUAAUUAUGUAUGUUUAUUACUAUCAAUUGAGCGCAAUUUACUGCGACCGUUUCUAAAGUAUCAAGUAAGUAGAACUAUUACAUAAGUAAGUAAUGUAUUAGACAGAUAUUAUCAGAAUACGCAAUUUAUUUACUUAAAUUACCUAAUUAUCUGCGCGACACAAUGUAAAUUUUUAAUUCUCAUGUUAUACCUCUUUUUAUCACAUAAUUCUGGACAUGUUAUCAUUUACUUUGUCAAAUUUAACCAAGCCCAUCCAGCGGUUGGCGGUUACUUCCAAUAAACCUAGAAAACAUCUUCACGAUCAUAGCAAUUUUAGUAUUUAAGUACUAAGAAUUAUAAGGAACCAGGUUGUAAAAUUUGUAGAUAAAAUAUAGAAACAAGAAAAAUUUGAUAAAAACCCAAUGUAUCGAUAUCGCGUACCUAAUUAAUUUCAGUUGUAUACUGAUAAUGAAAUCCUAUUAAAAUGAAAAUCAAUAUAAACCGGAAACAUUUUUAUGAUUAUUGAAGAUAGUUGAAGCAUCUUUAUGACUAAGAAACGCUAAUAUGCCGAUUUGACGAAUAAAAAUGUUAUAUAGUUCUGAAUCGGCAGAGCUAAAAGUAACUUUCAGUUCAAUUAUAUUUAUACCUAAUCGCCACGUAAUAAUGAAGUAUGUAAGUAUGUCCAAGUUGCAUGUUUCUAAACAGUAGACUUAAUAGAUGUUCCAUGAAAGUCAAAUCAAAUAAUUAAAUAAAUAUACUGUAGGUAAAAUUCCUAAAAUUUCACUAAUACUAUACAUACCUCGGUGAAAUUGUUGAUACCCCACAAAACAAUAAAAGAAAUAAAUUUUGUCUUCCCAUAUAUAAUAAUUUAGUAAGAUACUAUAUAAUAAUUAGAUUGUUCAAAAAUUGCAUGUUGCAUAAUUAACAAAUUUGAGUAAAGUAUAACAAACGGCAGCUCUACAUAGUUGGCUUGCAUGCAAGAACACUCUCUAUGUUGCUCUGGGCAUAAGGAAAAGUAAAGCCCUAUCGAAAGUUACCUCCUGUUUGGCAUCUUCGAACGCAAAUUUAGAUCAACCUGUUUCUAUCUAUUUAAGAUUUUUUUCUAAAUAUCCUUACCUAAUGUGUCGACGUUUGUUUUUCAAAAAUCGGAGCUAUAAUUAAUUAAUAAGUUCUACCAUCAUCAAACCUGCAAGGGUGAGUUAAAAAAUAUUAUUGAAUUAUUGACACAUCUUUGUCCCGUUUUAUAUAUAAAAUUUUCCCAAGUUAAGAGCUAGUCAAAUUAUUUUUAACUUGGAGAAAAACCGAUUGUAAUCUAAAUGUACGUAUUUUUUAUUACAUUGAUAUGUGACUACAAUACCUUGCAUUUGUACUAAAAUAUGAUACUCAACCAAGCAUUUUCAUUAAGAUAUUAAUUAUUAUUUAUUUCACUGUGUUUUAUAAAAUACAGUUAUUAUCUUUCUUGUAUACAUAUCAAUGUUUUCGUGUAUUCAGGAUACUUGUUUCUCUAUACUUAUCUUGGAAAUUGUUUAAUCUAAUACAAUAGUUAUAUAUGUAAUAGUUUAGCAGAUAUUAUGUGUCCUAGUAUGUUUUAUUAAAUAAUGAUAUAAGUAAUAUAAUUUCAAUGUACUUAUGUGUAAAUUUUAUGAUUAUGUUUAUAAUUUUUGGUUUACUUUACGAGAAUGCAAUAUUAAUGAUCUGUUUAACAGAAACGUCGCAUUAGAGCUUUUAUAUUUGAUUAUAAAAUUAUUUUUACUUUAAAUAUAAUAUUAUUACGAUA